AUGGAGAUCGUCAUGCUUGAAGCCGAUGAGCUUCGGAGGCUUUGCGCAGCCUGGUGGGGCUCUCUGCCCAUCACCGACGACCAGCGAACACAACUUUUGGAAAUAUCUGAGAUGUUUAAGUUGCAAACUCCACGAAGCACGGAGCUUUUACACGAGGUUGGGGAUGAGGAGUGUGGAGCGCAGAGUGCAGGUGAGCAAAGUCAUGGAGCGAGCCUCCACAAUCCGGCCUCGCAACCGCUGGGUGAGAUCAACGAGUGUAUGUAUCCAACAUAUCCGGACCGUCCGGACCGGUUCAAGGUGCUGACCUGGAAUGCAUGUGCGAUAUCUUUUCCACUGCACAUUCAUCCAGUAAAGUUUGGUGUCGGCCUGCUCUUUGGAUGUUGGUGGCACGACUGGCAAUGUGAUGUACCCAUGCAGCUUGACCAGAACCAAGCUCGGUUCGCACGACAGGCCGAAUACAUUCGGCAAUCAGGGGCUGAUUUGGUGUUACUCCAAGAGGUGCUGAGCACUUCGAUGCUUCAGGGCCUCAUGCGUCACUUAGAAGACUUCGACCACUGUUACCUCAAAAGCAGCCCCAAGCCUGCAGCGCGCUUGCUUUGGAUGACAUUCCUGGCCAUAGUGGCCCUUUUGCAGUGCCUUCUCAUUCAGCUGCCUUUGUAUGUCAUCAGGGGCACCGCCACCGAGAGUACUUGGCUUUGGUUCUCGUUCUGUUGGAUGGUCCUUGCCGCGAUCCUGGCCCUCCGAUGGUGGAACUCUGUAGCUGCGCAUUUCCUGCUUGGUGAUGUAGCAGGUCAGCUGGUGGCACUGCGCCGCAAGGAUUGUAAAGCCUUGGCUGGGCCUGAAUUUGGUGCUGCAGGCUUCGACAUGUACAACACUGUUUUUCGCUUCGAGGGUCGUGAAAAGCAUCCCUCGGACACGUGGGAGUCGUCGAUUGAGACAUCGUCGUGGCUCAGCGUUUUCUAUCAUGUACGACCCCGCGGUGUUCUGCGGGUAACAGUUCCCUUGACGCUAGCAGGAAGAACAGCAGUUUUGACUGUACUGAACACGCACAUGCCUCACAACUGUGACAACUCCGACCUUCUACACAGUCUGGGAAGGCGCUCAGCAGAUCUGGCCAUGCAAGGUACCUUGGUGAACACAUCUGCCGUGUUAGCUGUGCGUAGUAUCUUGAACCGUCCUGUCAUACUCGCAGGCGACUUUAACCCCUUGCCGGACAUCCUGCUUCAGCAUCAGCUUGAUCCAUUGCUAAAGUUCGGGCUGCAAGCUGCAGGCGGACUAAGCGACGAGCUCUGUACAUGGGACUUGAACCAAGUGUUGACUCGGGAGAAUGCCCGUACCCCGCGGACCAUGCAACUGGAUUUUAUUUUUCAUGUGCAUCAGAGGACAUCUCACAUAGUGUCUCGUACACCUGAUAGGCCCAGCAGAUGCAGCACGGACAGCCUCGAUUCUGUGGAGUCAUUAGCUGUCAAAGAAGACAGCUGGGGGUCUCGCAUGUCUCGCCACCUGCUUGACUUGGGGGUCGUGAGCACAGAAGUUGUCGACCAGGACAAAUUUUUUCAUGAGGGCGCCCCGCUGUCAGAUCACUACGGGCUCAUCAGCGAGUUUCGGGCGGGUUGGACCUCGACCAUGCGGGUCCUCACGACAUUUCUGCUUCCCCUCACGUUGGCGAUGAAGGUGCCCUUUCCUCCCGUCCGCGUCGAGCCACCUUUCAUUCUGCUCCUAACCGACCUCGGCCUGGCCCCCGGCGCCGUGGUCUCUGCCAACAUCUCCGUCUCCGAGGGCGGCGCCGUCCUUAUGCUCCUGACCAAAGAAGAGUUGUUGAAGUGGGAAGCAAAGAUGAUGAAGCUACCACAGCAAGAGCUGAUCAAUGUCACCUCUUAUUUCGCUAGUCAAUGGAGAGAACCGUUCCAGAAUUUCAUCUCCGCAAGGAUGAAGGUACCAGGCCCAAAGGUGGACCUUUAUGUCGUCGGCCUCUUUCACCACCGCGGAGCUCAACAAAUGUUCGAGGGCGAACUGGACUUCGUCAACCCGGAUAACCAGCAUCUGCCUCUCCAAAUGGUGCACUUACCUCGAAUCUGUGAAGUGGCCAGCAUUGCCUUCCUCGUGCUCGUCCAAGCUACGCUCGUCAUGAUGUGCACUGUGGGCUCGGGCGAUCGACACAAGCUCCACGCCUUGCUCAUGGCGGCCACUGGCCUGAAGGCAUUGGAACUGGCAGCGAAGGCCAAUGCCUACCGCGCCCUGUCACAGGUGGGGGAGGUUGCGGAGUGGAGGCUGCAGGCUUGUUCACUCUUGCGAGACUUGCAUGGUCUCUUUGAGCUCCUGCUCAUGGGCCUGGUUGCCUUAGGCUGGAAGAUCACGAGAUUCAGGCUUGUUCCUCACAUCCAGCAAGGGAUUCGCUGGUGCUGCGUGUUCUACCUGUCGUUAGUGAUGCUGCAGGCAGUGGCAGCCGCUUCGUUCCAGCCCAUGUUCAACUUGGUGUUCUUCUCCCUCCGG